UUGGUGCAAAGUGUGAAUCGAGCAUUGGAGGAGGAACGGGUACUCCUAGGUGUCUAGUCUACCCGCAAAUCGACAACAGCACGGGACAAGGGAUAUUAGACGUCGCGUUCCGGCAUCUGAAUCUGCUGGAGACGGCAUACUUCGGAUUACGCUUCUUAGAUCAGGAGGGCCAAACCCAUUGGCUGGAUCCUGCGAAGAAGUUAGGUCGGCAGCUGAGGGGCGCGGACCCUUAUACCCUCUACUUCGGAGUGAAGUUCUAUGCUGCGGAUCCGUGCAAGUUGCUCGAAGAAAUCACACGGUACCAGUUCUUCCUCCAGGUAAAGCAAGACAUCCUGCAGGGAAGGCUGCCGGUAUCCUUUGAACUCGCUGCCGAAUUGGGCGCGUACAUCGUCCAAUCGGAAUUGGGAGAUUAUGAUCCCAGAAGACACAGUCCCGGAUACGUCUCGGAGUUCCGGUUCUUAUCAAACCAAACGCUGGAACUGGAGACCAGGAUCGCGGAAUUGCAUAAGACUUUAGUGGGACAAUUGCCUUCCGUUGCCGAGCUGAAUUAUUUAGAUAAAGUGAAAUGGCUGGAGAUGUACGGCGUCGACCUGCAUCCCGUGCUGGGUGAGGACAACGUCGAGUAUUUCCUAGGUCUGACCCCGAGCGGUAUAAUAGUGUUGCGCAACAAGAACACCGUCGGCAAUUACUAUUGGCCGCGUAUAUCGAAAAUCUACUUCAAAGGCCGCUAUUUCAUGCUCAGAGUCACCGAUAAAAACAAUGAUGAAAGUACAUACGGAUUUGAGACACCUUCGAAGGCUGCCUGUAAACACCUAUGGAAAUGUUGCGUGGAGCACCACGCUUUCUUCAGGUUGGUACAGGUGUCCCCGACAACACCAGAUAUAUUCGCACUCGGAUCGAGAUUCAGGUAUAGUGGGCGGACGGAGAAGCAGGCGGUGCGCGAUGCUCAGAUCAAAGUUCGCACGCCCCCGUCUUUCUCGAGAACUCCAUCCAGACGGUACCAAAGAAGAAUUGUCGAAGGAGCCAACGACGGUCUGCAACUGGAGGAGCCCGUCAAGAUCGACCAUUAUCAACCCCCGGAAAUCAAGCACGUGUCCAUACCUCAACCCGCCCAGUCACUCGAGAGUCCAUAUCGGGCCACGUGCAACACAUCCACGACCGAGACCAGACAGAGGUCUGAUUCACCACGUAGUACUAGGAGUGCCCCAUGGACCCAGCCCCAUUCCCGAGGUCUUUACAACAGCUCCGUUCCUCCCAGUCCGCGUUCCGUAAGAUCUGCAGGUCCCCGGUACCGCUCGUCUUCGGUGGACAGUCAAAGCUCCAACGACUCUAGGUCCUGUAAAAGGCGCAAGCAUCGCAGCAGGAUGACCUCAGAUAAUGAAAGCGAACUAUCAAAGUGCUCAGGUCGAUCGCACCGGAAGCACAGGAGGCAUAGGUCUAGGGGAAAUCGACGGGAUUCCGGAUCCGAGCAGGAGAACCAGUCGCACAGACGCAAAUCGCUCAGCAGAUCUAGACGCUCAGACAGUCAUUACGAGUUGGUGGAUUCCGGCUCUCAAUGGAGGGAAGUCCAAAGGAAGCAGGCAGCUGAAGGGAAUGCGAGCACCAUCCAACAAGCCAAUGUCAUCAGCAGCAGAAGAUCGGGUUCCGGCUACCCAAUCGAAACCGAAUCUGAAAUCUCUUACCGCAACAGACGUCGGAAUCGGAAACACAGGUCGAGAUCGCGGUCUCCAGAAGGCAAGGCCUGGCUGCCUGAUGAAUUAAAGAAACAUCUCGAGUUCGAUCUCAUUGAUACCACCGGAAUGAGCGAGUCGCAAUUACGAGAGAUCCCUUAUACAGUCGUUCAAACAAACCACGCCAAGCAAUUAAAAAUCAAGCAUCUGCAGUGGUCCAAAGGCGAGAUGCAAGGCGAGAAGCGCAUAGACAGUCCGCCGCCUCCGUAUUCUCCGCAGAUCUCAGAGGCAAGCAGGAUCAGAAGUAUGAGGACCGGUGCUUGCGGCAAAAGUCAAUCGCCAUCUCUAUCCGCCAACAUGGAAUUGAUGACGAAGACAGCUUCCAGCAUUGCUUCAAGCUCCAGUACCCACAGCAACUCAAACAACAUGCUACCUAGUUGUAGUAAAAAUGAUUUUGUUAGGAUGCUUGAUCAACUUGGGAUCUCCGAUAAUUACUCCUACGGAUCCCAGCGGAGCGGAAAGAACGGAAGAGUCGGUAGUUCCGCUUUAUACGGAAACCCCAACACUUUGCUGGGUGGACUGAGUAACGGCUACCAUGACUCUCCGGAUUCACCUAGGGUGAGUCACGAGCACACCGAUUCCGGUCUGGGAGGCGAACAGGACUGCGCCUACAGCAGCGAAAGGUCGAGCGAUAGCGCAAAGCAUGGGACUAAAAGUAGUACUGAUACACGAGUUGGGCUAAUUCCAGUGAGUAAAUCAUUCACUAGUGAUUAUCAGCCUCCAACACAUCAUAACUAUCCAUCUCACAAUGUGGGCAUGCAGAGAAAUAAGCAAUCGCAUACCUACAAUAAAACUGUAUAUAAAGCCGGCGACUGUAAAUAUGGGCAGCAAUCUAAAGCCUCGCCUCGCAUUUCUCCUAACUACAAUCUGGGUGCCAUAGAUCACAAACCAAGCGAUCGCAAUACAUUUACUCGAUUGGGUUCUAAAACCAGUAACACUUCCUAUAACAAUUCACGCUUAUCUACACCUGAGCAUAAUACUUCUUUGCGGGGCUCUCUAAGAUCUAUUGCAAGUAGUCCUGUCACAAACGGUAAUGAGGGACCACUAAGAUUACAGUAUCGGAUGUCAUCAAGCAUUCGCUCUAAGAGCAGCGCUGCUUCAGACUUAGAUGACAAUUACAUGUACGCGUACAACCGCGCCGACAAAAACCAAAAUUUAAACCAAUUCUCUAGAUGCCAAAGUAGCCGAAGUACACAUAGUACUAGUGCUAAACCCCCAUUGCCUCCAUUAAGUAGCCGCUCUCGAUCCAUCAGCUUGGAAUAUGUACUAACUCCUCUAAUCAGAAGCACCCAGUCUCAUCGUCCAACGUAAGCGACCACGCCAACUCCAAGUCAACGAUGAAGUCUGCAGAUGUUUCAGAGAUGAGCACUGAAUUAUGAUUCAUU